GUUCUCGCGGUACUUAUGUGUCAUGUUGACGGCCUACGCAGCGCCUCGUGACUGUUUUUGGAGCUGAACACGGAAAUGAUGUCAAAAAGUUUGUCCGACAGCCAGUGUGCUGCUAAAACACGGAGAUCUUCGAUAAGAAUGUCUUCUCUUAGUCGUAAAAACAGAGCAGGACAUGACUUUGUCAAAAAGUACCAGAGUCACUUGGAGAGCCGAAUUGAGAAGGGGGAUCAGAGUUUGGUAUGCAGAGAUGAGAAGAUCUGUAAGGAAGCGGAGACGCUCCUUACCAAAGGCAAUGCCCAGAAGACCCUUAAACUAGAUGGUCUCGAUUCAUUGGCAGUAAUUGAAAACUCACUCCAAGCAUUUCCUUUCAAAACUGGCCUUGUGGGUCUUGAAAAAAUUUCAAAGGCCUUUGAAGUGUUGGAGCUUGCUGCAUUAAACCUCUAUCUGUACCCAUGGAGAAAGGAAUACAAAUUUGUAAAGAUGUUUUCAGGCAUGUUCACACAUUUUAUCAAACCUGCAUUAACCCUACAGCAGGCCAGAGAGCUGUUUGGGCUACUUGGAUAUCUGCCUGCAAGCCAUAAUGAGGAAGAAGAGUUGGAACUAGACUCCAAACCAGUACCUGCGGCUUUUAUACUUUGCCUCGCAAGUGCCUUCUUUGCUGCUCGUAUAGAGUGCCAGUUGCUCCUUUUCAACUUGGGCUCUGUGGACACGAGUGUAGAGUCAGUUCUUCGGCUAGUUAAAGAGAGGCAGGAAGGCCACAGCCUUUGUGUAGCAUUAGAAAACAUUAAGAGAGAGUUGGAGGCAAGUCAUGCUUCAGAUGCCAAACUGACAGAGCUGGAUCUGUACACAGAUGAGAACUUGCCGCAGGCAAAUGCUAGUCACGUGGCAUCUACUUCUCCGCCACCUCACUCUUUCUAUAUGCAAUCAAACGAGACUUUACAAAGAGACCCCUCCCAAUCAGAUGGGUUGAAUAAUAAAAACAGUGGUCAGGAACCAACACUUUAUGCCUCAGAGUUUCAGUGCCAGAUCAACAACAGUGUCUCACUUUCACAGAAUCCAGGACCACUGGAAAACAUUGGUAAAGAACACAUGGCGGGUGAUCCUGAGAGACAAACAGCAGAAGUGGAAGGGGUUAUGUGCAGCUGUACCACGACAACAUCUUUGUAUAUGUACUUAUGUGAAAAUUGCAGGAACAUCCACAGAGGGGAUUGUGAGUAUUACAAGAAUUGUAAAACCAGAGGACAUACAUUAGCACUGUGCUCAGACGAAGUUGGACAGCAACAGGAAGAGAGUGCACCACUUUCAAAAGAUUUACUGAAGAAACAUCAUUGUAUGGAAAAACCAACUUCUGAUACCUUUCUGGUAUGCCACAACUGCCAGUUAAUCCAUGACCGUAGCUGUACAAACAAUAAUGUAUGUCAAUUGCUGCACCACAUUGUACAGACUACAGGUAGAUUACUGACUGUAGUUAAAGCUCCAGAGAGGCACACCUGUCUUACUAAAGAGGCUCCAGUAUAUGUUAUAUGCUCCACCUGUAACAACGCCCAUGAUUGUCUAUGUAUACAAGUGAAAAAUUGCAUUGAUUAUCAGCAUAAGGUGCAAUUCCUCCAGGUUUCUGGUGAUUCAGAAACACACAACACACCAAUGGAAUUUCACCAGUGUUGCGCUGCUAACCAUCAGUCGCCUGAAAUUGCAUGCCUAAUAUGUAAAGUGUUUCAUGCUUCUUUAUGUCCUGAUAAAUGGGAGUGCUCUUAUAAACACACAAUACAUCACAUUGGGAAAACUUGCGCAAAGUGUUUCAGUCAGGAUGUUUCAGUCUUAUGUAGGUAUUGCUGUCUGCAGUAUUGUAAAAAAUGUUGGUUUGAAGAGCCUAUGUCAUGUAAGUGUGGGAAUCCUUUUCAAAAUUAUACUGCAGUUUAACAUCAUCCACACUUUAAUUGACCAUUGCCACUGUUUAUAAUAUUCAUUCUUUAUCACAUUAAGCCAAAUUAAGCCUGUUCUUAUUAUAUGCAUGUGUUCGUUUGCACAAUAAGUCUCACAAGUCUCUUACUUUCUUGUUCUUUUAUGUGGCACUUGUUGCCUCAACUCCUAACAUAUUUCAAUAAUAAUAACCUGGUGUAAAACUGAUGGUCCUAGUCACAACUCCUAUAUGACAUAACUCCUUGUGGCUUAGAUUGAUGUCUGUAAAUAUUAUCAGUAAAUAUAAUUCACAGAUUCUGUUGUUGUGAUAGUGCUUUUAUUGUGAGAUAAAUUGCAUUAAACUAAAGCUGAACUCUGCUUGUACCUUAUUUAAGAGAUUGUUGCAACAAGCCACAUUUUUACCAUUGUUAAAAAAGUGUUUCUUUGUAGGUAUCAAUAAACAAAAAUUUUGAGAUAAAAAAUUUGUUGGCAUGUGACCCAGUCUGUGAAACCCCAGCUAAAUGUAUUAUUUCUAUAGAAUAUUGUAUAUAAUCCAACUUGAGAUGGUCCUAGUGAAAGUCCCAUAAAUUGGCCAAACCAUGGUUUGUGUCAGUCUUACAUUUAAAGGUAUAGGUCAGUGGUUCCCAAACUUUUCACUUCAAGGCCCCCUAGUUGCCCACAACAAUAUUUGAAGGCCCCCCACUCACUAAAUUAUUUCCAAAUAAACUUAACUAGAGCUUGGAAUGACUAAACAGAUGUAUAUUCGCUAAUAAAAU